AUGAAGGAUAAUGUCAACAACUUCUUUGGCAGUGCUCCUGAUCACGGGUCAUUGAGUGGUCCCGUGUUGGGUCCGAUGAAUGCAUCAAUGAUCACUGAUAUGCACGGAUCUGUUCACUCACGAAGCUCCAGUGAUAGCUAUUGGCUUGCUAGCCUUGGUAGCAAUGGUCAGAUGCCACAUGCUCCUUCUGGAUACCAAUUCUUCCGUAACGUCAAGGAUUUUGGUGCUAUCGGUGAUGGAAGUACGGAUGAUACAGCAGCAAUUAAUCGCGCUGUAACUGCUCUUAGCUCCUCAGACCAUUCUACGGCUCGCUGUGGCGAGGACUGUGGCUCAACUUCGACUUUGGGUGCUGUGGUAUAUUUCCCUGAGGGUACCUAUCUCAUCACCACCCCGAUUAUUCAAUAUUACUACACCCAGUUUGUUGGUGAUCCUUCGAACAAGCCUACCAUCAAAGGCGCCGAAAAUUUCACCGGCAUUGCUUUGGUCGACUCUGACUUUUAUAUACCCGGAGCCAAUGGAGACGAAUGGUACAUCAAUCAGAGCAAUUUCUAUAGACAGAUUCGGAAUUUUGUCUUCGAUAUGACUGCCAUGAACUGGACCAAUACUGAUAAUAAUCAAACAUACGUUCCUGCUGGAGUUCAUUGGCAAGUCGGACAGGCCACUUCCAUCACCAACUGCGAUUUCGAGAUGUCUGUUUCCAGUGCAGACCAGUCAGCAACAGCUGUGGGAAUAUACAUGGAGAAUGGUAGUGGUGGAAUGGUAUCCGAUUUGACAUUUACAGGCGGGAACAUUGGUUUUCUAGCAGGAACUCAGCAAUUCACGGCCAUCAAUUUGAAAUUUACUUCAUGUUUGACAGCCAUCAAGUCCAUCUGGAAUUGGGGCUUCACAUGGAAAAACAUCCAUGUUGUAUCGUGCUACAUUGCUAUCGAUGCCACCGAGUACUCCGGUGUUGGAGACCAAGGAACUGGCUCUAUUGCUGUGAUAGACUCUCAUUUUGAUGGCGUUCCAUACGCAAUCACCAUUGCACAAACAAAAGAUGAGCAGCCCAGCGUCGUGCUUGAUAAUUUGCUAGUGGAGAACUCUGCUUCUGUGGUCCUAAUCUCUGGUGGUGACACACUACUAGCCGGCAGUACCGAUGCCCUCUACUUUGACUCCUGGGUCAGUGGCUAUCAGUUCCUUCCUGAUGGUUCAGGAGAAAAGAGGACUGGAUUCGUGGAUCCAGCUCCGAACAAGCCCUCACAACUCCUGGACAGCUCGGGUGCCUAUUACCGGCGAGCGAAGCCACAAUACGAGUCCGAUACUCCUGUUGUGGCGACUGACAAUGGCAUCUCAAAUGAUGGAACUGGCGAUCAAUCCUCUGCAAUCAAUAGUCUUCUGUCAGAUAACAUCGGGUCUGUCAUCUUUUUCCCCGCUGGUAUCUAUCAAGUGGAAAGCUCAAUCAAGAUUCCCGUUGGAAGCAAGAUCGUUGGCUCCGCAUGGAGUCAGAUCAUGGGUACCGGGUCCAAAUUUGAGGAUGAGAGCAAUCCUACGGUUGUGGUGCAAGUUGGAGAGAAGGGCGACCAAGGGGUUGUCGAGAUCUCUGACAUGCUUUUCACGGUGAAAGGAGCCACAGCAGGUGCGAUUCUCAUGGAAUGGAAUAUACACGAAGGUGAACAAGGAAGCGCGGCUAUGUGGGACAGUCAUUUCCGCGUGGGAGGUACCACCGGCUCCGAUCUUGGAUUGUCUGAAUGCCCGGCAGGAGGGGAUGCAAGCGACAAAGACUGCAUGGCAGCAUUCCUCAUGUUACACCUCACCAGCGAAGCAUCUGGGUACUUUGAAAACGUUUGGGCUUGGGUAGCUGAUCACGAUAUCGACAGCGAUCUCAAUGCCGGCGCAACGGAGAGUACUUCAGGUAUUCCUCAGAACGUUCAGACAGAUAUUUCAAUUUACUGCGGUCGUGGCAUUCUCAUCGAGUCUCAAGGACCUACCUGGUUCUAUGGUACAGCGAGCGAGCAUGCCCAGAUGUACCAGUACCAGUUGCAGAACGCGGCAAAUGUGUACAUGGGUCACAUGCAGACAGAGACUCCUUAUUACCAGCCCAAGCCCAAUGCUUUGAGCCCAUAUAAGCCUGGGGGUCUCUCAUCUGAUCCGACUUAUGAUGAUUGUUCGGACGAUCUUUGCAGGGGGGCGUGGGCGCUUCGCGUGCUCAAUUCUAGUGAUGUGUUUAUCUACUCUGCUGGAUUCUAUUCUUUCUUCCAGAAUUACGACGAGGGAUGCAUUGACGAAGAGGAGUGCCAACAGUCCUUGAUUCAAACAGAUUUCGCAAACAACUUGUGGAUGUACAAUAUUUUCACCAAAGGAAAUGUGGAAAUCGUGUCCCCUGAAGGAAACCUGCCUUCAUUGCGCUUCAAUUCAACCACACGAAAUGGUUUUACCAGUGAAAUUGCUGCAUGGCUGGCACUCUCGAGUGAUGGCGAAGAUAUUGGAUCAAGUGGCAAUGACUCCGGCAUUGUUUACAUUGAUCCAUCGCUUUGGGAUGAGCCGAAUAACGAUACAAACGUUUCGUGCAACGAACCCUGCACGUACGUCCUGCCUCCACAGACGCUCCCAACGCCAGGCACUUGGGUCUACCCUUCUGUCAUCACACAAAUUGGAGUUGGUAUCGAGGUUCCCACGAACAUAGUGUACUUCGGAAGCACCAUCAACACCACCACGUACGUUACGACCACGACUUCUACUACCAUUUCCGUGCCUGAUUACCAUGGCUCCGUGAUAUCAUACUGGAACGUGGUCAUCCCGUCUGGCGUGGGCUCUUCCGUCUUCUCCCCAACCCCCAGCAUCAUUCAAACAGCCUUCAACAUCACCUGGCCUUCUUUCGAACAGAAUGGAACAACCUACCCCGGGACCGUCGUUCCAUUUUACCCACCACCUUGGAACUCGGUGAUCCCUACACAGACUCCUUCCCCUGGGCAAAGCGUGACUCCAACAAGCUCUUCUUCAGAAACAAAUACUGGGGCAACGAAGACAACUUCUAGUGGUUCUUCCAAGACUACAGGGGGUGGGGACGAUGAUGAUAACCAUGGUGGACAUCGCUCAAUUACGCAUCACCAUGGACCAUCAAAACCGACGUGUACAAAUCGCGCGCUGUGCGGAAUCUCAUGCACCGAGGGGAUUGGAGGUCUCCUAAACAAUAUUUUCCAUGUUUGCGAACCAUGUUUCACGGGCUGCGGUGGUUCUGAUUCACCAAACCAGGACCCCAAUGAUCCUAAUGGCCCUGAUCCCGAUACGGAUCCAAAUUAUCCUUCAUCAACUCAGACUGAGUGCUCGACAAGCACAUACAGCUCGUGCAGCACCGUCUGUAUCACAGCGAGCUCGACCAGCUCAUGCUCUUCCACAUGCAAAGAUGUUGUGGGCUGUGAUACGACCGGCGCCUCUACCCUUGAUGGCUAUACGCUAGCACCGAUAAUAACGGGAACUGUGGAGAUCUGGACCGACGUCGCAGACGACGCAGCGACGGAUGAAGCCGCGGACUGGACAGCUGCUGAAUCUAUUUACAAUAUGGAGACUCCCACGGUUAGCUCCACUAUCAGCACCAUCACCGAGGUUAUUCUGGGGACUGGUACCGCUACCGAAACAGUCACCGAUGUUGUUGGCUGGGUGUCAGUUGCUGCCGCGUCGCGAUACGGAUACCGCGGACUUAUUCAGACGGACUAUAAUCUCAACUUUGCCCAGCCUUCCACCACACAGAAUGUCUGUGAAGCAGGUUACUGGUACAAUUAUGGUGUUGGCAGCCCUAAGCCAAAGGCGUGGACAGAUACUCCAGAAAGCGUCAGCUUCUAUUCGGUCCUCACGGUUUACGACGACAAGUAUUCGAAUUGCUUUUAUACGAACGCAGCAGCUCCGAGUGCCGGAGAUGGCGGCACGUUGUCUUGCGAUGGACUAUCAUUGAGCUGCUUUGUGGCGGCGACCCAGUCAGUGCUUGGGUGUAAUGCGGAUGCACUCAUUACAUGGGACACGAAGGUCAAGCCGCUCAUUGGAUGUCCUGUUACAUCGACAUCGACCACGCAAUAUCCCGCAGUCACCUCGCGCAGCACAGAGACUAUCGUGACCACGAUAGUGCAUACGUCUUACUGA